UUAGGGUUCUUCGUCACGCUUCUCUCUCUCGCCGGCGGCGAUGGACGAGAGCUCCUACUGGUCGCGCGUCCAACGGAUUUUCAACAUGAUGGACAUCCGCACGGCGUUCGUGACGAGCGCGCAGGUAGACGCUGCUCUCGAUCUCCUCGAGCAGCACGAGCAGGGCGGCGAAAUAUCGGCGGAGAAGCUUGAUAGGGCGCGCAAGAUCAAGGAGGCCGUCAUUCAUCCCGACACCGGCGAGAAGAUCUUCCUCCCGCUCCGCCUCUCCUUCAUUAUCCCUUGCAAUCUCGUCCUCGACACCCUGAUGCUGUCCGCGCGGGGAUUCUCCCAGAACGUUGGGGCGCAGUGGCUCAAUCAAACGUACAACUGCCUCCACUACUACGCAAAUAGGAACGCCUCUAAUGCCGAGAGCAUGGAGAAGAUCUUCCAGGCGUACCUGGGCGCUACCGCCAGCUCUGUUGGCGCCGCCGUUGGCCUCAAUGCGCUGCUCGAUCGAGCUCCCCAGGGCAGACCAUGGACGCGGUUAGCUCGAAAGCUUAUCCCCUUUUGUGCAGUGGCAGCGGCCGAUGUGCUCAACCUGGGAAUCACUCGCAGGGACGAGUUCCUCCAGGGGAUCAAAGUCUACGAUGAGAAGGGCGAGGAAGUUGGGGAGAGCCGACGAGCUGGAGCCAUGGCAGUCAGUGCUUGCAUACUUGCCCGUGUCAGUGCCGCUGCUCCAGUUCUCCUCCUCCCACCUCUUGUGAUGCACAGAUUGGAAAGAACGAGAUUCUUUUUGCGGCACUCGUAUCUCAAGACGCCGGCACUGAUGGGUAUGAUCGCAUUGUCGAUCCAAGCGGGCGUUCCUCUCUCGUUUGGAAUUUUCAAGCAAAAAGCCUCGGUGGAUGUGGCGAGCCUGGAGCCAUCGCUCUGGAACUGCAGAGUCUCCGAAGUGUACUAUAACAAAGGCCUCUGAUUUAAAACAAGAAGCAUAUUCUCGCC